AUGAAAUCAACCAACUGUACUGUUGUGAUCGCAGGUCUUCUGAGCGCCAGUCUGGUGAUAAACUCAGUCGUCGGAUUUGUAGCACCUGAAAAGGCGUUCGAUAGUGAUUUCAUGCUGAACAAGCCGCAGCUUACUGGACCCGGUGGGGGCUUAAAAUUUUCCGUCGGAGAUAACAAUAAGCCCAAAUCUUCUGGAGGCGGCGCACCAGGAAAUUGGCCCGACAUCAAUGGUGUCGGCAUGAGUACGGUUGCAUUUCGUCAAAAUGAAUGUGGUGCGGUUGCACCUCAUGUACACUCCGACGCAUCUGAAUUCCAAACAGUAGUUAUGGGUGAGGGUAUCAUCGGAACUUACGGAGUAGGAGACAAAAAGCUAACUUUAGAGCACGUCACUAUGGGCGAUACAUUCUUUUUCCCCAGAGGCAGUAUGCACUUUCAGAUAAACUCUGGUACACAUCCAUUCGUAUCUGUAGGCGCAUUUGACGUUUCUCAGCCCACAGCUGCUUUGGUCAUCGGGCUUGUGUCUCAAUUGGGAGAUGCCAAGAAAGCUUUGGGACUCGACACAGAUUCCAGUAAGGAUACCGACGGUCUAGAUGGAGUAUUCCCACAAUUCAAGAUGUCGAACUGCGAGGAGGUUCUUGAAAUGUUCAUGGACAUGAUAUAA